GCGCACCUGGCUUGGCUGGGCCAGCGCCAGGCCUUCAAGGCCAGGUCCCUGAAGCUCGCCACGCUCAAGGCAUGCUUCACGGGGAGCUGCGAUGUCAUGAUCAAUGGGCUCCCUCGCGUGCUCAAGCGCUGUUUUGCAUCACGACUAAUGUUCCGCAACCACGUGUGCAGGAGUGCCAAGCUCCAGCCACGCCCCAGCGAAGAGGCUUGGAAUGCAUCCUUGUGCGCCGACGUGGAUCGGGAGAUCCAGGAAGGCUUCUUCGGGGGGGAUCGUGCCGAGGCGCCUGCCGACCGCGCAGCCACCGUCGAUGAGCUUGCUGGGUUCAUCCGAGUUUCGGAGGCCGUGGAGGCCGUCGCAGCCACGAAGAGUUUCUUCAAGAGGCCGAUAUCGACGCUGCGCCUCCCAGCUCGCCUGGCCAGCGAGGCGCUGGUGAAGCUGAUGGAGUUCUCGAACAGCUCUGCCGACAUGGGCGAGCCCGAAAAUGGGAAGCAUAUCGCAGCGUUUGCUGCCGCUGGCGCUGCGGAGUCGGUCGUCGCGGAAGUCCCCAUCGAGUGGGGCGACGUGGUGAAAGCUUUGGGGUCGGCAAAGCAGCGCGGGCUCGUCGAGAAGUUGCCCCGCGACGUCGCGGACUCGAUCGCAGAAAUCGUCGAUGUGAACACGGGCUUAUUGAGGGCCAUGCGGCCCCAGCUCUUCUUCCACAUCUUCAUGAGCAUCGGUCCCAUGACCUACGCCUCUGUGCCGCCCCCUGCUGCUCAGAAGGCUGCGAAGUCGGUGAGGUCACCUUGCCUGCCGAUGCACUGCCAGAGGGUAGUCCAGGAGCUGCUUGGGUCCUACCACAUCGCUAUCUUCGGCAAGGACGCACUCGCGGAGAAGCCUGCCUUCCUCUCCCAGCUGGUUAGCGGCAUGUCUGCAGAAGGGGACGUCAUUGGCGCGUCUUUCGUUGAGGCGCCGGGCAAAUGGAUGUCGGAGCCUGGCGACGUGCUGGCGAGCGAGGGCAUCAAGAUCAAGGCGACCAUCGCCCGACAGAUCGAGCUCUUCCAGUCCAAUCGCGAAGCCGUGGUGGAGGAGAUCGCGGCCGCGCGCGCCCAGAUUCACCAGGCCGAGGCAGAGGCGGCCCUCCUCUACGCGAAGACAUCGGAGAUCGUGAUCCAGCGACUUUCGGAGAAGCAUGGGGGGCCACCUAGGGUCAAGGCCCCAGUGACGGCCGAGAGUAAGAAGGACGGCGACGGCGUCGCGGUGACCGAGGUGAAGAACCCAGUGCUGACCUCAGUCGGCAACUGGUGGAGGGCCCUGCUGAUGGAGGAGGGGGCCGAUCCGCGUAUGAUUCUCAAGGCCAUCGCGGCAUCGGCGCAGAUGAAGAUCUCGGAGGUGAUGAUGCACCACGUGGCCGCCUACGGCACCAGCCAAUAUGUCAACGGCCUCUGCGUCGCGCACUGCGAUCCUCGCGAGGCGGGCACGCCGAACAAGAAGAUCAAGCUAGAGGUGCACCGGGUGCAGAUGGUCGAAGCCGGGUCGCUCAACAAGGCCAUGUGGUUGCCGAUCGGCGACAACAACGGAGCUGGCCCGAAGCUGUGCAUCGAGGGCCUUGCCAACAACCUGCGGCGGAGCGACGGGCGCCUCGCUUGGGCGAUUGCGCCGUUGCCUAGCAAGGAGGGCGGCGGCGCGAAGGCUGAGCAGGCCGACGAAGGCAAACCCACCACCAAGGAGAGCGUCGCCAAGACGGAAGCAGUGGCCACCCACAUCAUCGACUACAUGGACUUGCAGUGGACGGUGGCCGACCAGACGCACACGUACACCUUGCCCUACCUGAAGGACAACCCCGACCACUCGGAGUUCUUCGGGGAGUGCCACAGGGCCACCUCGCCGUGGAACUUGGGGGAAGUGGUCCAGAGGGAGGCCGCGUCGAAGGAC